AUGCCAGCCCACUGGCGAACGAAAAUCCACCAGUUGCUGGUGACACGAGUUCAAGGUAGUUUGAUUGAGUGUAAUUCUACAGCGGUGGGCUGAAAGAAGACUGUUCAUGGUUCACAUGAGAUGGAAGAGUCAGUGUCUGGUCUAACUUGAGAUUAUUUUUAUUUUUAUUUUACUGGGGCUCAUAAAUUGCAAUCCUUCGGGUUGGCUGGGACCGCUAGAAAAAGAGCUAAAAGAGGUUAUAAAGCAACGACGGCAAGCAAUUGGGUGAAAGUCAAACCCCUGCGCGCAAAGAGCGCUGCGCAGAUCAAAACUCGCCGAGCACCUAACGCGGACUCCAACGGGCGGUGA